CAUCUUUCUGCUCGGCAUGCCGAGCCUGCGGUCAGGACCUAUGCAUCUGUGGUGAGAGGACUCGCAGCGCCGUCAGGCAGUCACAACUCAGCUAUGCGAGAAGCGAAGCCAAAAGCAAAAUCUAGUAUCAAAGCCAAGCCCUCUUCUCAAUUGGAGUUUAACAAAGUUCUUGAUAGACUUACUCAGUUGGAGAACUUGGUUAAGGACACAUCGAUUUCUCCUAAGCAACAGACAUCUAGGGACUCCCAUCGUCCCUCUCGUGACCGCUGCCUUAUAGUGGUAAAUGCGCCGGAGUCUUCUAAAUCUACGCCAGCUGAAAGGAUCCUAGAUGAUGAAGCGUUUUUAAUAAGGAUGAUUUCACUGUUGUUUGAUGAAGGUGAACCGGGGAUAAAUGUUGUUUCUGCCUUUCGCAUUGGCAGGAAGCAGGAGGACUCUACAAAGUCUCGUCCUCUCAAGAUCGUAUGCCAAAACGAGGAUGAAUGCAGGCGCAUCCUCCGACGCACUUCACGUCUCAAAGGAGAAUCGUUUUAUGUUCUGAGAGAUCUGUCCCCUGAAGAUCGGAUAAAAAUGAAGAGUGCGGUUGGUGAACUUCGAACCCGCCGGGCAAAUGGUGAGACGGACCUUCACAUUGUGGAUUUUCGAGUGGUUCCGAAAACUCCGAGAACUCGCUGGAGACCCAUCCUUGUCCUACCCGGACAGUGAGGUCGAAGACCGGUUUGAGUGUGUUGUCCGCUAAUGUGCGCAGUUUGCGGAACAAAUUGGACGAGAUUCAACUUCUUGCCAUGGAUAAUCACCCUGAUUUGAUGGCUUUCUCUGAGACCUGGCUGUCCCCGAACAUCCGUGACUCGGAAGUAUAUAUCCCUGGAUAUCACUUCUCCCGAGCUGAUCGCCACGGAGUGAGGUCAGGCGGGGGCGUUAUACUCUAUUGGAGGACGAACCUCAAGGCACAUUUGCUUGAUGCUACUUGUGAUAUAGAUGGUGGCUUCGAAGCUCUGUGGUG